GGUCCGCGCUGGUGUAUAUAAGCGCGCGGGGCUGCUGUGCUACAGCGCGAGAUGGAGCUGCGCGAGCUCACGCACUUGUGAAUGUUGGAGAGAGCAAAGUCUGUUUUUAGUCGUCACUAUUUUAGAGAGUACGUGUAAUAUUUACAGUAGCUCAGUACGGGUUUGUACGCGGCUCAGAGGGCGCUUUAUAUAGUGUGCAGUGUGAGGUGUUUUUGUGUGAUUUUCGCGCGCGUGUUUACUCACAGCUCGAGAAGGCGGAGAAACGAUCGCGCUUAGUGUGUGUGUGUGUGUGUGUGUGUGUGUGUGAGAGAGAGAGAGGUAACGUAGGUGUGUGUUUGGGUCUCGCAUUAUUCAUGAGCAGAGCGGUGGCUCCUCCUAGGGGGCGUGGUUAUUCAAAUUAGCUAGGCGUGGUGUUAGUUGAGUGGCAGGUGUAACACGUGGGUCACAAGCACAUUAAUGCACCAACUACACUGACUAGUCAAUCGUGUUAUUAGAGGCGGAUGGAUGUCUGUUCAGAGUGAGCUUCCAGCCGCCGGCGGGGCGAGUUUGCACACCCGUCCUCCGCCCGUCGCCGUCCAGGAUGAGCGGAGCGCUAACAUGGUGCUAACCGAGCUCGCCGCCAAUCACGUGACCCCUCAGGACGAGCCGAUCAAAAACGGCCUGCAGUCGCGAGGCGAGACGCAGACGCAGAAACUGAGCAAGCGGCGCUACACUGUGAGCGUAGGCUUCAAACACCCGAGCCUCAGUAAACGCCGACGCCGCGCAAACUCCGAAUGCGACCCGGUGCUGCCCUCCAACUUCCUGCUGGGCGGGAACAUCUUCGACCCGCUGAAUCUCAACAGCCUACUGGACGAGGAGGUCAGUAAGGCGCUCAACGCCCAGACGCCCAAAUCCUCGCCGCUUCCCAGGAAAAGCAGAGACCCGGUGGAGAUCCUGAUUCCCAAAGACAUCACCGACCCGCUGAAUCUGAGCGGCCGCGGCGGAGACUCGGCGGCGGGCGUGUUAGUGUCGCCCUUGAAGAGCCGGCGCCGACAUCGCAACCGACACCAUCCGGGAGCGCCCGCUGAGCCUUCCGAUGGCGAGAGGUCAAAGGUCAACGACGGGUCGGGCGUGUCCGUUAGUAUAAAGGAGUCACCAUGUUCUUACGAACUCAACACGUCAAUCAACUGCCGUGACGAAGUGGUGCCACCCAUUCUCCCGCGGCGACGGCCACGCCCUUCCUCGUUAAGCUCCGCCCCCCAGGCGCAGCCGUCCAAACACAGGAAGCGCAGACAAACCAACAGCCGCUCGGACCGCCUGUCCAUCACGCCGACUAAGCAGACGGUUGUGCACAGCCAGGCGUUCCACACUCCUGUUGUGGGCGGAGUCAGCGGAGCUCCGCCUCCGGGGGUGGAGAAAACCCCACACAAGACACCCCGCACUUUCCAGUACGGAAGCUACAGCCGUUACUACGGUUACCGCACGCCGUCGCCGAGCGCAGACCCACGCUUGGCCGUGUUUAGACCCGAGUGGUUCCGUGGGAAGAAGGUCCUGGAUGUGGGCUGCAGCAUGGGUCAUGUGACCCUCGCCAUCGCCGGGUACUGGAGCCCAGAGCGCAUGCUGGGCGUGGACAUCGACGGAGCGCUGGUGCGCAUCGCCCGGCAGAACCUGCGCUACUUCCUGUCCGAGAUGACCGGGUCGAGAGGCGGGCCGCCGGGGGAGGGGUCAGAGGUCAGAGGUCAGAUGGGGUUGGCGCCUCUGAUGGGCCUGGAUCUGGAGCGCGGUCAGGCGUUACGCAGGUUUCCUGUGUCCUUCACGCGCUGCCGCGGACCCAUCGCCGCUCCUCCCAUAAUGCCUCACUCCCCCGGCCUGUUCCCCGGCAACGUCUACUUCCUGAAGGUGACGUGAGAGUGUGUGUGUGUGAGAGUGUGUGUGUGUGA